AUGUCUCUGGAGAUGGAGGAGUUAACUGUAACCACCGGCGAUGUCUUCGAGGAUUUCCUGAUCGUCUUUCGUCGAUGUUUGGCAAAGUACUUGGACAUUGGCGAGGAUAUGAACGUGCCCGAUGACUUCACCCAAAGUGAGUUGCAGACAGGCAAGUGGUGGCGACAUCUGUUAGCCGGAGGCAUUGCAGGAGCAGUCAGCCGGACCUGCACGGCUCCAUUAGAUAGACUCAAAGUAUUUCUACAGGUUAACCCAAUUAGGGAAAAUAUGGGUGGAUGUUUAGUAAAAAUGAUAAAUGAGGGAGGUAUUAGCGGCUUAUGGCGAGGUAAUGGCAUUAAUGUAAUUAAAAUAGCACCCGAAUCGGCCUUGAAGUUUGCCGCCUACGAACAAGUGAAAAGACUUAUAAAAGGAGAUAAGCGAGCCAAUCACCCCUUGGAAAUUCAUGAGCGCUUUGUAGCUGGUGCAAUGGCGGGUGCGAUGGCCCAAACUGUGAUCUAUCCACUAGAGGUGUUGAAAACAAGAUUAGCUUUAAGAAAGACGGGCCAGUACAGCGGGAUACUAGACGCUGCAAGGAAAAUAUAUUUAAGGGAAGGGCUUAAGUGUUUCUAUAAAGGAUACAUUCCAAAUAUAUUGGGCAUAGUGCCGUACGCUGGUAUUGACCUUGCCGUCUACGAGACACUGAAGAAGAAGUACAUAAGCAAAUACCAAGCUCACAACGAGCAGCCAGGCAUGUUGCUGUUACUGGCGUGUGGCAGCGCCUCCUGCACGCUCGGACAAGUCUGCUCAUACCCUCUGGCACUCGUCCGGACGCGAUUGCAAGCUCAAGAAAAAGCAGCACAUGGCGCGGAAGGCACAAUGCGCGGUGCGUUCCGCGAGAUAGUCCAACGCGAGGGCUUGAGGGGUCUAUACCGAGGCAUCACUCCGAACUUCAUCAAGGUUAUCCCGGCCGUGUCCAUCUCGUACGUGGUGUACGAGUACGCGAGCCGGUCGCUCGGCGUGAAUAUGACGUGAUCGCGCCGCAGGCCCGCGGCUGCUGACGUCACGCGGCCGGCACGCGACAUCCCCGUCGCGACCGUUCCGCCCCAACGCUCGAGCUCAAACUCGCAUCACAUUCUAAUUUAAGCAUAUUAGCAAAUUGCAUUUCGUUGUACAUAGCUCUUGUGCAUGUUAAGUCUUAUUUAUUCUGUGUACGUAUGUGACAUAUUCCAAUUUAUUUAAUUAUUUCGAAAGGAUAUUGUAAUCGUUUAAGCUUGUAAUUAUGUAGCGAACCAUUGGUUGCAUUUGGUGGUAAAAUUGAGGUGGAUAGAGUAAAACGACACCGACCAGAAGUCGGUCACACAACCUGUGAUUACAAUAAAUUAUGUAUUUUUUUAUUUUAUUUUUAUUUAUUUUUCUAUUUAUUAUCCUCACGCACUCUCUCUAAUUAGACCGUCCAAUUAUAUAACAAGUAUUAAGUUUACAACAGCAUUGUUGCCCAUCUGAUUUGAAAGAGUG